AAUAUGAAUGAUCCUGUUCAAAUAAUUUUAUUAUGUUAAUAAACUUUUGAACUGCCAAUAUAAGUACUACACAUGUAAUAAAAUGUCUUACAAUCCUAGGAGUCUUUACAAUGAAUUUCAAGUAAAUUUUAACGUCCUCGAAGAUGUAAUAUCAGACAUCGACUCAAAAUUAAAUGUAAUAAAAAACAAUGGAUCGCUAGACUUGGAAUCAAAUCAAAUAAAAAUGAGUGAUGAAAAAAUUAUAAAAACUGAAGAUGGUGCAGUUGUUAGAAAAGUGUUUGUAACAAAUAUAGACAGAAGUGUGAGCAGGAAGGAUUUAACAAUUAUUUUUGAAAAAUUUGGUCCUAUACAUGAUGUUUUCAUAAAAACCUGUGAUUCGGCUGCUGGGACAAGAAUUAAUGUGACAUUUGGAUUUGUAACAUUUUAUAAUCCAACCAGUGCCUAUAAUGCUAUAAAGUAUGAGAAACCGCUUAUGUUGAAACAUAGGAGGCUUAAGGUAAGGCCAGCAGAUACAUGGCAUCAACCUGUUGUGAGAGCAAAUGGAGAAUUGAACUAUGAUAUUGGAAUAAAUGCUAUUGAAUCAUCACUGCCUUUAAGAAGAGAAAAAUAUACUGGAGCAAUUAAAAAGACAUCUCAUCCAGAAGCAACUACUUCAAACAGUUUGCCAAAUGAUGAUAAAAUAGAACAAGUUUCAGAAAUAAUGACAUCAGCUCAUAUAAAUAUUUUAAAUGAUGAUUGUUUUACACAGCUGUUUUCUUAUUUCACACUGUUUGAAUUAAUUGAACUAGAACAAGUUUGCAUCAGAUGGCAUAAUACAAUUAAUUUGAUUUGGCAGAGAAUUCAUCGCCUAUGUACUGAUGAUCUUAUCAGUCAAUUGAAUUCACCAAAGUUAACUACAGAUGCUAUGAGAAGACUUUUAGUCAGAUGUGGACCAUAUUUAAAAUCAUUAAAGAUAUCAUCAGACAAACAUGCUUUUAAUUCUCGUAUUCAUCAAGUAAUAUCCAAGUCAUGCCCGCAUCUGGAAACUUUACACUUAUCUGGAGUUUCUUCUAACGCUCCUGGUAUAUUAGCUUUAUCAAGAGGAUGCAAGAAACUAAAAACUAUACUGUUCAAAAAUAUUCCGGGUGUUCAAGAUCAUAUUCUUCAAACUUUGUUCAAAGAAAAUGCAAACUUAGAAAGUGUUCAUAUUGAGGGUGGGUCAGCCAUAACUGGUAGAUGUCUUAGGGCUCUUUCUUUCGGCAUACAUGAGAUAUCUCUAAUUAAUUGCAAUAGCUUACAACUAAAAGAACUGAAAGUUGCCUUCCGAAAUAUGAAAUAUUUAAAAUCUUUAACAUUUGAAUCCUGUAUGACUUUAACAUCCAACUUUUUGGUUGAUGUAGCAGAUUGCUUUCCUAAUUUGGAUAAAUUUUCUUUGAAUAAAUACUAUCCUUUGAUGCACAAUAAAUCCUUAAAUCCAAUAGUUAAAAUGACGAAUAUAACAGUGUUAUCAUUCAGUAUGAAUACAUUAGUUUCUGAUACUCUAUUAGAGGAACUUUCUCAAAAGUGCAUAAAUGUGACCUCAUUAGAUUUAUCAAGCUGCAGUCGAAACGACAGAAAUUUCACAGUUGUAGGGCUUCACCAUCUUGCCAAAUUUCCAAAAUUGAGUAAGGUAUAUCUCAGUUAUAUGGAAAUAGUAACAGGUGAUUCAUUAGAGCCUUUGGCAAAUAGAGGUAAUCUGAUUCAUUUAGAAGUUCGUGCUUGUCUGAAUUUGUCUGAUGCAGGGCCUAUAAAAGUAUUUGAAAAAUGUAAUAAAUUGGAGUCAAUGGACAUAAGCGGUUGUGAUAUGAUUACGAUAGAAAUUCUAACAUAUGUAUUAAAUAUGAUUAAGUCUAGAAAUAAUAACCAAAAAUUGAAAUUAAUAAUUGGUGGUUCUGGAAUAACAGAUUUUGUGGAAUUUAAAGAAGAAACAGAACGCAUAAAGAAUCGCUUUGCACACCCUAAUUUAGAAAUCAACUUUGAAAACUUAAGCGUGCUUUAUUUAAGGCCAGAUUUUUUUGAUGAUUAUUUUCCAGAUUCUGAUGAUGACUUAGAUAUGUUAGAUAUGGAUUAUGACGAUGAAGAUGAUUUUGAUGACGAUGAUUUUUUCAUAAUUGAACCUGAAGAUAAUUUUCCUUAUUUUGCAGCAGGUGCACUUUUUAAUGAAUUAAUUGAUGAUUUUCUAUCAGAUGAUGAUUAUUACUAAUGGUUUUUUUUUGUUCUUGCAAAUUUAUAUUUAAUUUCUUUUUCAUAAUAAUAAACGAGAUAA